AUGAGUGCAAACUCGCCUCGCAACGGUAAAGAAAGCGAGGAUAAAGCAGAUACCGACCUUGGGAAAGGCAGAGAGAUGGCCGUAUUCGUUAUCACCAUGCUCAUGGAUCCUGUCAAGGACAUCCAGCAAGGUAAUAAUGGAGGCACUCCAGAUCCUGACUACUUGGAAGAAGGACUGAUGCCAAGAGCAUUCCUUGGAACUGCUUUCAGUGCUGUUGUCGGUUCAUCGUUCUCGAAGACCAUUUGCGAGAACUUGAAGAAUGAAGGCGAAGGCAAGUCUCCGAAGCUACCGGAGAGGCGGUACCUGGACGAUUUUCGAGAUUCUGCCAGGAAUCAAGGCAUUCUGGUUGGUAUGCCAGGUAUGCUCCUAGAGUCAGUAUUGAAGACAACAGUUCUCAAUUCGGCGCGGCGCUUCCGCGUCGCACAACAGAUCCGCGACUCGUUCUACCUAGUCGAACGGCGCGGGGCGCUCAGCUCCGAAGGUUCCACUAUUCUCAAGGUCAGAGCUGUGGAAGGGUACGACAUCUUCAACGAUAUCGCGCUUGCCGAUCCAGCAACGUUUGUCGGUCAUUUAUCAGCAUUCAUUGACACCGCUGCGGAGAUUCCGAAGCUGACCAAUGUUGUGGAGUACCUGCGUCCUGAAAUGGAUAUGUUGAAUUGGCAGAUCAGCCAACGAAUCGAGGAGCAAAGGUUCAGAGACACCGGGCUUACCUCCCGCCAGCCCUCCUGA